AUGGCUGCUGUUCUUCAGACUCAACAUCUCGGAACCAUCCAAGGGAAGAGUGGAGAUGGUGUGACACAGUACUUGGGGAUCAAAUAUGCCACUUUGAAAAACAGACUGGCGGACGCCGUUCCAGUUGACAGUCCCCGGGGGGAUACCUUGGACGCGACCAAAGAUGGACCUACAGCUGUGUCGCUCCCGAUUGGAUGCGACUUGGAAUUAAUGCACGUCCAGCACGCUCUGCCCAAAAAGGAGCUCCCUCAGUCUGACAUCGACUGUCUAAACCUCAACAUCGCUGUCCCCGCUGGCACGACAGCAUCCUCUCGGUUACCGGUUUUUCUGUUUAUACAUGGCGGGGGUCUGGUUAUUGGCGCAAAUUCUUGGCCUCAAUUUGACUAUACUCGGCUUGUCGGUUUGUCUGUGGAAAAGAAACUUCCCAUAGUAGCAGUUUCUAUCAAUUAUCGGCUUGGGGCCUUCGGAUUCUUGACUUCCGAGGAACUGCGCAAUGCUGGAUAUAAAGCAAAUAAUGGACUUCGUGACCAGCGUGUGGCUAUCGACUGGGUGAGGAAACACAUUCACGAGUUUGGAGGAGAUGCAGACAACAUCACGGUGGCAGGAAUGAGCGCGGGUGGAGCAUCCGUGACCUACCACUUGAAAUCCGAAGAAGCACUUUUCAAGCGAGCCAUUGCAAUGAGCGGAACGUAUUUUCUGAGCCAGCCUUUACCCUACGAAGUACACGAACAGAACUACAAGAAAGCGAUCUCAGCCUUAGGGCUGUCGAAUAGCAGUAGCCCCGAGGAGAGAAUCAAGGCACUUCUUGAGAUGCCAGCCGCUGAUGUUGUUGCUCAACUACCCCCAUCUAUUCUGUCGUCACCCGCAAUCGAUGGAGACAUUGUUCCCUCCACCCCUUCACACUCCGAGACGGCGAGUACAACAUCGGACGCGCCAAGGGGCAAGAAUUGGUGUGAGGACUUGAUGGUUGGAGAUGCCCAGAUAGAUGCAAGCAUUAUUGCUUUUCUGUUCCCUGACACUGCGAAGGGCUGCGCUAAAAAGUUUGUCAAAGCCGCGAACACCGCUCUCUCAACGCAACCAGCCAUAGUCGAGCAGAUUGUAAAGUCAUACGGAGUCGCAGAAGAAGCUAGCGAUGACGAGGCCUUCCCUGGUGUUCUGAACUUCAUUAACGAUGUGCUCUUCUUCUCCCCUGCUUUGACAUUUGCGCAAGGAUGGAAAGGAAACGCGUACGUAUACUACUUCAAUGAAGGAAAUCCAUGGGAAGGGAAAUGGAAAGGCAGGACCAACCACAUUCUGGAUCUAGCCUACCUUUUCCAAAAUUUCCGAGAGUUCCUAUCUCCAGACCAGCAAGCGGUUGGGACUGCAUUUGCUGAGGACUUCUUCAAGUUCUGCCAUGGGCAGGCUCCUUGGCCUGCUGUUACCAAAGGAACUGUAUCCAAUGGAUUCACGGCGAGACGUUAUGGGCCAACUUCUGAAGAGAAUGCAGCAGGAACCGUGGCGCAGGCUUAUGGGGGACAGAGUCGCCGGAGAUCAACCCUUUAUGACUUUACGGAUCAGGUUUCGCUUGAUGAACUGGCGAAGAUAUUUACCAUUUUCAUGACGCUAUAA